GGCGCAAUGCUUUGUCAUGAAUAGCAAGAAAGCGCAUUCCUUUUGAUCGGGCAUUCCACUCUUAUGGUACAAUAAUGAGACUAGCUUGUCCGUGCAAUAGCGGAUGCCAGCGUAAUGAUUGUUUUCCCACUUCCUGUCUUGGAAGUCCAAACCAAUUCCAGCGGGAGAAUUGGGCUCGGGUGGCGCUGAUCCCCUCAUUGAAGCAGCCUGGUACUAUGCCGAGAACUGGAGAAAACAGCUGCUGGUUCCCAACUGCUUCGUUUACCAUGCCGGUGAGCUUCCAGAUCAUCCAAGUCCGCGUUCGUCUAACUGCGAUACCCCUAGUUUUAGCCUGCCGAAUAUUGAACUACGUGCCCACUCUUCAGUGGACCCGCUUUGAACGUGUCUUAUUAAUAAUGCACCCUUACAUUUCAACCUGUACAUUCUUAUUUUUCAACCCGGGAAUGAUGCAUCUGUAUUUGGACCAACAACCGACAAGUUUGAUCGAGUGGACAUCGCAACAAUGCAACAUCGCGAUGAUUGUUCGCUGACAUGUCCCAUAUAUGUUCCAUGCGAAGUGAUAUUCAACCUUGGCUUAUGUGCUUAAACAUCUCUUAGCCGUUAAACCAAUCUGUGGCCGUAUGG